CGGCUCCACAGGAAACUAAACAAGGAAUCCGGGUCUGAGCGAUCCUACGUGUCAUUCCCGGAGUUUCAGUGAUUCAGAAAGCUCCCGGAGACUUUUGGUGAACCAAGUUCUUUCACUGUGUCUCUCCUCUCUCCCGCACAGGCUGGCUGCUGUCUUCUGAUUGGUGAGCUGCGGUCACCGUGGUAACGGCAGCUAACGGCAGAAGCAUGAAGGCUUUGAUCCUGGUUGGGGGCUACGGGACCCGGCUGCGACCGCUCACGCUGAGCGUCCCCAAACCGCUGGUGGAGUUCUGCAACAAACCCAUCCUGCUGCACCAGGUGGAGGCUCUGGUCAAGGCUGGUGUGGACCAUGUGAUUCUGGCGGUGAGCUACAUGUCGGAGCUGCUGGAGAGAGAGAUGAGAGUCCAGGAGGAGAGACUUGGCAUUCGUAUCUCUCUGUCUCAUGAGAAGGAGCCUCUGGGAACUGCGGGCCCGCUGGCGUUGGCUCGAGAGCUGCUGAAUGUCGACAACGAGCCGUUCUUCGUCCUCAACUCGGACGUCAUCUGUGAUUUUCCGUUCAAAGACCUGCUGCACUUCCACCGUAACCACGGCAACGAGGGGACCAUCGUGGUAACGCGGGUGGAGGAGCCCUCUAAGUACGGUGUGGUGGUGUUUGAGGUGGACAGCGGGAGGAUACAUCGCUUCGUUGAGAAGCCGCAGGUCUUCGUCUCCAACAAGAUCAACGCCGGCAUAUACAUCUUCAAUCCCAGCAUGCUCAGCAGGAUCCAGCUGAGACCAACAUCCAUAGAGAAAGAGAUAUUUCCUGUCAUGGCGGAGGAGGGACAGCUGUACACCAUGGAGCUACAGGGUUUCUGGAUGGACAUUGGUCAGCCUAAAGACUUCCUAACAGGGAUGUGUAUGUACCUUCAGUCGGUACGACAACACGCUCCCGAGAGGCUGCGCACGGGGCCAGGUUUCCUAGGCAACGUCCUGGUGGACCCCAUGGCGCAGAUUGGGCAGAACUGCACCAUCGGGCCGAAUGUGACCAUCGGCGCUGGCGUGGUCGUGGAGGACGGGGUCAGGAUCAAACGCUGCACGGUGCUGAAGGGAGCGCGGGUUCGCUCGCACUCCUGGCUGGAGAGCUGCAUCGUGGGAUGGAGCUCUUCUGUAGGCCAGUGGGUCCGUAUGGAGAACGUCACGGUGCUGGGCGAGGACGUGAUCGUGAACGACGAGCUUUACCUGAACGGUGCCAACGUGCUGCCUCACAAAUCCAUCAACGAGUCGGUCCCAGAGCCGCGAAUCAUCAUGUAGCAUCGGGCGGAGCAGGAAUCGCCCAGCGCCUUCUGACAAACUCCACUAACACCCAAACUGUGCCAGCGAGAGAGAGAGAGAGAGAGACGGGUGGAGGAGGAAGGCAAGAGGAGGAGAGAGUUCUUUUCUGUUUUUUUUUCAUUAAUUUGGACUUUUUAGCCCUGCUUGGCUGCACCGUCCAUCAACUAGAAACGAUGGCCUAAACAUGAGCUGUCAAAAAGCAGCCUGGCCCGUCAGGAAGGUUUAUACGUACACUUCUGUCAGCGC